AUGCGUCUGAAUCAACUAUCUCUCGGUUUCUGGUCUGCAUCGGGUGUUCCAUCCUACACACUUCGCGUCUUUUUCUCCUUUCUCUUAUUAUACACAUUUCUUCUCCUUUAUGUACGAUCACACUCCUCCCGUGACCCCGGUUCCGCUUUUUUCGACUCUUCCUCCGCAUACGACCUUUCAUACUCAGCCGUCAGACUUGAACAAGCAACUACAUACAUUGAUGCAGUAAAUAAUGAAGAAGUCUCUCAAAUACCACAGCCACCUCAUCGACCUGAGUUCUGUCUUGGUAUUGCAACAAUCGCACGAAAUGGCGUCCGUUAUUUCAAGAGUACAGUCGGAACCGUUGUUGAAGGCCUCAGUGAUGUGGAAAGAGCCAACAUACAAUUGAUCCUAUUUAUUGCACACACCGAUCCAUCGCAACACCCAGCAUAUGCCGAGCCAUGGCUGCAUCAAGUAGCAGAUCGGGUCUUAUUGUAUAAUGCCUCGGAAGUUGACGUUGAUCAUAUACGAGAAUUGGAAUCAGAUGAGGCAAAGAUUGCAGCGCGCGAAAAGGCUUUGUUUGACUACGCAUAUCUGCUGAAAGCGUGCAAGCAAGUCGGCGCGCCAUACACCAUUAUACUCGAAGAUGACGUUGUGGCAUUGGACGGAUGGUACCACCGGACUCAUGAUGCAGUGAUAUCUGCCGAUCAAAAAACCAAGGAGAUGGGGGUAUCAAAUUGGCUUUACCUUCGUCUGUUCUACACCGAGGAGUUUCUAGGCUGGAAUUCGGAAGAGUGGCCCAUCUACUUUCUCUACUCCACGUUAGCUGUCUGCACUGUUGCAUGCCUGCUAGUAGGCGUUCGACGCUAUCAACUCCGAUUCCGGCCCCACAUUCCAAACGAGAUCAUCUUUUUAUUGAGCCUAGUGUGUGCGCCGUUACUGAUCGGGCUUAACUUCGCCGCCGGGCGAGUGACAGUGCUUCCUAUCCCGGAAGGUGUACAUCAAAUGUCCAAAUUUGGGUGUUGUUCGCAGGCUUUUGUCUUCCCCCAAUCUCGCAUAGAUGAUCUUGUGGAUUUAUACACGUCCAAAAGGAUUGGAUACGUUGACAUGAUAACAGAGGAGUUUGCAAAUGCAAAUAAUGAAAUCCGAUGGGCGUUGACGCCAAGCGUUAUACAACAUGUCGGGCGAACAAGCUCCAAGGGCAAUCAAAAUGAUCUGACUAAGUCAAAGGCUGAGAUCAGUGAAGUGGGAAAGCUUUGGAAUUUUGAAUUUGAGUUGAACGAUGCCGACUCGUUGCGCUCGGAUCAUGAAGCCGCUAAUGAGCAUGAAUGA